CCGAGGAUACCGAGAAGUCAGUAUUUCAGAGGCACGGAGGAACAAACCAUCUGACUUGCGCCGACAUCAUCAGACCGACGAGAGAAGAAGCCAAACAAGACAAUAGAAAUGUAUUGUAAAGGGCUGUUAGGACGACAGAAGAAAUACAUACUUCUCAUCUUUUAUCUUUAUCUUUGCUACAGGCCCAUGGCUCACGCCAUGCACCCGGACUGCGCCAUCAUCUCUCAGCAUCUGAGGGCGCGGGAGAUUUGUAGCCAGACAAGGAGGAGCGAAGCGCAAAAUCAGACCGAGCACAGCGGAUGUAAAACAGAGUGGGAUGAAAUCGGAUGCUGGCUGAGAGCUGACGUCGGGAAGGUGGUCAAUGUGUCCUGCUCCCAGGUCUUCCAGCAUUUCUCCAGCAAUCAAGGGUAUGUUUACAGGAACUGCACUAUUGAUGGUUGGUCAGAAAUGUAUCCACCCUAUGAGGAAGCCUGUGUUUUCAGUGAUGAUGGCGAGCCUGAAUCUGAGACAAGUUACCUCUCCACGUUCAGACAGGUUUACACUGUAGGCUAUGCCACCUCACUUAUCUCCCUGAUUACAGCCAUAGUGGUGUUCACAGCCUUCAGGAAGUUCCGCUGCACCAGAAACUACAUCCACAUCAACCUGUUCUCCUCCUUCAUCCUGAGAGCCAGCGCUGUCUUCAUUAAAGACAUGGUGCUGUUUGCUGAUGAGACCUUGGACCACUGCUCCAUGUCCACGACAGCAUGCAAGUCAGCCGUGGCUUUCUUCCAGUUCAGCAUACUGGCCAAUUACUUCUGGUUGCUGGUGGAAGGCAUGUAUCUGCAGACGCUGCUGGCCCUGACCUUUGUCUCACAAAGGAAAUACUUCUGGUGGUAUAUCCUGAUUGGAUGGGGGCUCCCGUCAGCAGUUGUCAUACUUUGGGUUUUGACCAGAUUCUUCUAUGACGACAGAGGUUGCUGGGAUGACACAGACAAUCUUGGUAUUUGGUGGAUCAUUAAAGGACCAAUCACAGCCUCGCUGCUGGUCAACAUUGUCAUCUUCAUCAACGUCAUCCGGAUUCUGGUACAAAAACUUAAAUCUUCGGCCAUGGCUGGAAACAAUGACACAGGACAUCUUAUGAGACUGGCAAAAUCCACACUGUUCCUCAUUCCUCUGUUUGGGAUGCACUACACUGUAUUUGCCUUCCUGCCUGAGAAUACUGGAGUGGCAGCCAGACUCUACAUCGAGCUGGGACUGGGCUCCUUCCAGGGGUUUGUGGUGGCACUACUUUACUGUUUCAUGAAUGGCGAGGUCCAAGCAGAGCUGCGGAGGAGGCUGUGGAAGUGUCACAAUCAAAAUCAUCUCAACCCAGCAAAGAGGAGUAUCACUCAGAUUACAGUUCGAGCCCGUGGCGGGGGGGUUGGGCAGCCUCCUUCUAGCGGCGACGUCUCCUCAGUAUGAUUGUAUAGACUAGUACUACUUCUAGAGACCUCAAAGCUGAACAUGCUGAUCACAUUACUGUAAUAACAACAAACCCCUCCUGUGAGAACAUAAGACCAUAAUGAACACUGAUGAGUGGCUGAGGAAGUGUUGUGUCAGGAUGCUUUUCAUCAGUGUCAGCAGCAGCUAUGACUAAGGAUGGUACAGCAGCUCUUUGUAGUGUGUUCUUUCUUGUAUCAGUAAGACAAAAAAACACUGCACAAAGUACACUGACACUGCAGGAAGAGGAAACUACAGUAGAGACAGAGCUGGCUCUCAGCUGUAGCAGAAUGAUUCUACACCACUGUAGUCUGCACUGACAGUGCAAAAAAGAUCACAUACUGAGGGAUUGUAUAGAGAUGACUAUGAAAACAAGGGAUAUAGAAACAUAUUUAAGAUAGUGUGUGUCUGCGUGUGAAACUUCCAUUUACUGGCAGCCUACACUGUGUCUUAAAAGAUUUAUUUGGAAGAGUUGUUUGACUUGAUGAACUAUUUUUAAACAGUAUUUGUGCAUUUUUAAAGCUUGUUUUCUGUAGCGGUUUUUGCUAAUUGGUUAGCAAUAGGCAUUAGCUUGACUGAGCAUUUCAGCUGACACAGUGACAGUUUACGAUAUAAAAUAUGUUUAGAUCAAUAUUUAAUUUGUUUUAAAGUUGGUGAUUCAGGACACAUUUGUGUUGCCCACAUUGUAUGACAGUCCAAAUUUACAAGAAACAAGUCAGAACAUUGAUUAUCUUAUAAUUUAGGUUCUAUGAACACAGGCAGAGACUUAUAAGACUUUGUGACAAAGUCCUUGUGUUUUACUUUGCUUUUACUCUACUUUGCAUAUUGCCAACUAUGAAAAAGUCAUUUACUGAACAUUAAAUUGUUUUAAAAAAUAUUUAAGGGUAGGCCUAUAGUUUGAUAUUUUGAAAAAUGUUAUUGGCUUUUUGCUAAGUGUUAGAAGACAACCUGACCACUCAGGAUUAUGGUAAAUAUGAAGCUACGGUAAGCAGCUACUUAGCUUAGCAUAACAACCGGAAAUAACGCACUGUCUAAAAGUAACAAAAAUACCUUAUGAUAUUUAAUAAGUUAUAUCUGCUGUAUUUAAUCUUUACAAAGAUCUAAAUGUAAAAACAACAUGCAGGUGGCAGUUAUUUCAGAGUAAGGCUAGCUGUUCCCCAUCCAGUCUCCAGCUAACUGUUGCUUGUAGCCUCAUAUUAAAUGUAGAAAAAUAAAAAGUAGUUAUUUUUCAAAAUGUCAAACUCCUUAAAUAUAACCUAAUUAAAUUCACUAAUCACAGUAUAAUGCUUUUGUAAGCGGUCUUUGCCUGUUAUUGUAAGUCAUUUUAAUAACUUGAUAAUGAGUUUUAAAAGACCAUUGUGGAUGAUUGUGUGAAUACUUUGUAGCCGAUCACCGACAGACUAGUUCUGGUGGAGCAGAGCACUGAACAUAUUUAUUAACAAAUGAGAGCAGCUCAGCAGCACAAUGCAGCAACUUAUCAAACUUCAGGCAAGAAAUGAACACAUUUUUACAGCAGAAUAGCAAAUUUCAUAUUAAUGUCUCUCAUAGUGGUAUAUAAUUAUUCAUACCAUCACAAUGUUGCAGCUGGUAAAGAUGGAAUUAAUGUUAACUAUGCUUAUAAUUUGAAAUACUGUAGUAGCUUGUGAAUUUCCCACUGAGGAUAUUCAAACUCUUGUGAUUAUAAGUGAUCAAAAAUACAUGCAGUGGUGUACAAAUUAUAAUAUUUACCUAUAACAUAUAGUGAACUAUGAAGUAGCAGAAAGUGAAAAUACUCAAAGUACAGAUUGCCUACCUCAAAAUUGUACUCAAAUACAGUACUUGAAUUAAUGUAGGCUAUUUUGUUACUUUGACAAAACCAUUUAAUCAGAGAUGCUGGUCAGUAAAUACUACUGAAUUACAAAAGAACACUUAAAACCUAUACUAUAUUUCAAAUUUGCUUUUUAAAUUACACUAACUUUAAAAAAUAAUCUGCUCCUCUUCUGCUAGCCUGAUAAUGACCCUCAUCAGAACCAGUUAUUUUAGCUAUUUGUUACUGUAUACAGUAUUUAAUUUGCAGCUCAGUGGUCUAUAGACAGGAAUCAACAGCUUGACACAGUGCACUAGAAUAAGAGCCAAAAUAUAAUGCCUUUUUUUCUUUGCAUUGAAUUGAAUUGAAUCAUUUCUGAAUCGAACCACGAGUUUGCCAAAGAUUCCCACCCCUACUGUAGGCUAUAUUACUCUGUGUUAGGUGUCGUGAUCAAAUUUGGUGGAGAAAAAGCCUAGUGAGAUCAGUGUAUCCCUAUUUUAUGUAUUUUUUUAACAUAAAUAAUGUGCACUUUCACUGUCAUUGUCAGCACACAGCAUGAUUUAAUAUUGCACUUUACAGCGAGCACUUUAUUUUAAUUAUUGUUCUUGUGGAUCUAGUUUGGGUUGUACGUACG